AUGAAGAACCAAAUUCUCGCCGCAGCUGGUCUGCUCUUUACCUCCGCGCUCGCCCAAGACGAAAUCUACAGCGGCAGCGGAUUCGGAACAUACUAUUACGACAUCGCCAACGCCAAUCAAUGCUACACCGACUUCUCAAACGCCAACUUGGGCCAGGUCGAGUGCAGCUUAACUCAAGUCUGGACCUUAGAGAACGUCAACUCGGACUACUUGGUUGCCAUGAACCACACUCAACUUAUCGAAGAUAUGGGGACAUACUGCGGUAAACGGGUUAUUGUCUCUGUGAACGGUGUCCCAUCUGAUCUGCCACUCUUUAUCGGUGAUGGAUGCGAACGUUGUGCUACGGGAUCGUCUACAUCGACUACAUGGGCACCUGGUGGUGCUCCCGGACUGGAUUUUAGCUACACUGUUGCUGAGCAGUUGUCUUCUGAGGCAUGCGAUGCCGGUCAUAUCGAGAUUACAUGGGAGAUUGUCGAUGAGUUGAUCUACCAGUUCGACUACGAUGGUACAGGCGGCUCUCAGGGGUUCGUGAGCACUACUCCUACCGGCACUACGACUUCUACCACUGCCACUUCAACUACUUCCCCUACGGGAACUACCACUACUCCUACCACCACAUUGGUGACCACGACCGCUACUCCUACCAGCACUACGAGUGCGCCGUGCUCUGAUAAUGCAUGGCAAUGCACGCCAGAUGGUACAUCUCUUGAGCAGUGCAUUAACAGUGAAUGGGUCAUCCGGGCUGUAUGCUCUUCUGGAUUGAGCUGCCAUGGUACUGACAACCCUUACUGCGCUUAG